CUAUAUUGCUUAUUAAAGGAAUUUUGGAGUAAUAGAAAUUAUACAUAUGUUCUAGCCAUAGUGGCCAUAGUCAAUUACAGUCACAUGAUAUCUGGUUGCAUUUGGCAUGUGCACAACAAUCGACAGAAGUUAAUAUUGAUCAGAACAACGUUGACUGCUUUAUUAUUAAUUAUUUAUUAUUAAUUUGAUAUUAUUAAUAAAAACAAUAUGGCCAAGAAACGUAGAGAUAUAACUGGCAGUAAGGAGGAACGUAUGGUGAUGACUAUAGGUGAGAUUAUUCAGGAACUACUUAUUGCCCACGAGGAACGAAGAGAUGUGGAUUUAAAUAAGUUGAAGGCACGCAUAUCUUCGAAGUACGGAUUAGAAUCUUCACCAAGACUUGUGGAUAUCAUAGCAGCAGUUCCAGCUGAUGCUAGGAAGAUUCUUGUUCCAAAACUUAAAGCUAAGCCUAUUAGGACUGCUAGUGGUAUUGCCGUAGUGGCCGUCAUGUGCAAGCCUCACAGAUGUCCUCACAUUAAUAUGACAGGAAAUAUCUGUGUCUACUGCCCAGGUGGGCCAGAUUCAGAUUUUGAAUAUUCUACCCAGUCUUACACUGGCUAUGAGCCUACAUCCAUGAGAGCAAUCAGGGCUCGCUACAAUCCCUUCUUACAAACAAGACAUCGCGUAGAACAGCUGAAACAACUUGGUCAUAGUGUCGACAAAGUCGAGUUCAUUGUCAUGGGUGGAACUUUCAUGUCACUUCCUGAAGAUUACAGGGAUUAUUUUAUUAGGAAUCUCCACGACGCCCUUUCUGGACAUGUAAGCAAUAAUGUCGAUGAAGCUGUCAAAUACUCUGAACGCAGUAGAACCAAAUGUAUUGGAAUUACCAUCGAAACAAGACCAGAUUACUGUCUAAAGAAGCAUCUGUCAGAUAUGCUCCGCUAUGGUUGUACCAGAUUAGAAAUUGGAGUUCAGUCGGUGUACGAGGAUGUGGCUCGCGACACCAAUCGCGGUCACACAGUGCGUGCUGUAUGUGAAAGUUUCCAGCUGUCUAAAGAUGCAGGUUUUAAAGUUAUCGCACACAUGAUGCCAGAUCUACCAAACGUGGACAUUGAGCGUGAUGUUGAACAAUUUGUUGAGUUUUUUGAGAAUCCAGCUUUUAGAGCAGAUGGUCUCAAGAUCUAUCCAACCUUAGUUAUCCGUGGUACAGGCUUAUAUGAAUUAUGGAAGACAGGUAGAUACAAGAGUUACCCUCCCAGCACUCUCGUGGAUUUAAUUGCUAGAAUCCUAGCACUAAUUCCACCCUGGACCAGGGUCUAUCGUGUACAACGAGACAUUCCCAUGCCUCUCGUCAGUUCCGGUGUUGAGCAUGGGAAUUUGAGGGAGUUAGCCCUCGCUAGGAUGAAGGACCUGGGUACAGAUUGCCGGGACGUCAGGACCCGCGAAGUUGGGAUUCAAGAAAUACAUCAUAAAGUCCAACCGUAUGAGGUAGAACUGAUCCGUCGUGAUUAUGUAGCCAAUAAUGGUUGGGAGACAUUUUUGUCUUACGAAGAUCCUACUCAGGAUAUAUUAGUAGGCUUACUACGUCUGAGAAAGUGUUCUGAGCAGACUUUCAGGUCUGAACUUAAGGACAGAUGCUCCAUAGUACGUGAAUUACACGUAUACGGUAGUGUCGUUCCCAUUAACGCACGAGAUCCAACAAAAUUCCAGCACCAAGGUUUCGGCAUGCUCCUUAUGGAGGAAGCUGAACGAAUUGCCAGGGAGGAACACAAUUCACGAAAACUUGCUGUCAUCUCAGGAGUCGGUACACGCAAUUAUUAUAGGAAGAUGGGGUACGAAUUAGAUGGUCCUUAUAUGUCAAAGAUUCUCGUGAAUGAAGAUUUGGAGUAGUAUAUUAAGAGGUUCUUGUAAAUAUUUAAAGGAUAUAAAGCAUAUUCAAAUAAUACUAACCGGGUAUGGCACCGACAGUAUUCAUCAAUCCAAAGACGCUACCAGCAUGUUUCGGAGCAAGAUCUGAUGGAUUGACAGCUAUAGCAUUAUUAUGAAAUCCUGAACCACCG